CUUCUUCUGCUUCUUCUUCUCGUCUGUGUUUUUUCUCUCUCUCUCUCCUUGUUGUCACUGUUCAAAUUCAAAGUCGUCAUGUCGAUUACUUUGGAUAGGGUUCGGCAGGUUGAAGAUAAACGCUCUGGAUUCUCGCCGGAGGAUUUGGGUUAUGGAUCGGUGUUUCAGAGGCUGGUUACUCAGGAUGUGGAUCGCGCUGUUGAAGGGUUUCAAAAGGGGGAGGCUGAUGAAUCUAAUACUUGCAGCUCUGCUUCCACUUCUUCCUCUUCUUCGAUCGGGAGGAAUAGUGAUCAGUCCGCGAGAUCGUCCGACGGUGAGGAUUGCGGCGAGAAUGAUGAGGUUCAGAGCUCUUAUAAAGGCCCGCUGGAUAUGAUGGAUUCCUUGGAGGAGGUUUUGCCUGUUAGAAAAGGUAUCUCAAAGUUCUAUAGUGGAAAAUCAAAGUCUUUCACAAGUCUGGCCGAUGCCUCCGCUGUCAACUCCAUGAAGGAGAUUGCAAAGCCAGAGAAUGCCUAUUCCAAGAAACGUAGGAAUCUUAUGGCUUACAAUCUUGUGUGGGAGAAGAACCGUAGUUUUCCUCUCAAGAAUAACGGUGGUGGUAUAUCAAAGAGACCCAUCAGCUCAAGCAGAAGCUCCUUGGCUUUGGCUGUUGCUAUGAGCAGCUCCGAAAGUAACAGCAGUGAAGAUUCAAAUUCUAGCUCAUAUUCAAGCUCUCCCCCGCCUCGCCCACCUCUACACCCACAAUCCAGACCAUCAAACGGCAAUUUCCCUUCCAUGGCGCCACCUCAACGAACUUUCUCCACGUGGCGUUCAUAUUCCUUGGCUGAUUUACAAGAGUGCGCCACCUUUGCUAAUAAGGCCAACCUAACCAAUCUAAACUGACCCAGAAAAUUUCCUUCUCUUGCAUAGGUACGCAAGAGUCUUUUAACUAUUCUAGGAACCCUGAAAUAGGAGGUUUUUUCUAGUAUAUGAUUUUAGGUCUUAUGGUCUCGUUACUGUACUCUAUAUUAAAAUCCAAAAACUUUCAUGUCUCGUUGUUUAUAAUGAAAAUUGGGGAUAUGAAAUUAAGAGGAAAGCUGAGGUAGCAGACUUGAGUCACAUUUGUGAAACACCUGUCUGUAUUGGCCAAAGACAACACAACCAUCUCAUUCUCAACUACCCACCUACACAUAAACAGCCACCUUGAAGGUUAGUUUGACCAAUGAACCACAACUUCCAAAUUCUUUUCGGGUCACCAAGAUUGAAAACCCUGGUUGGUUGAGUAACUUCAAAGAUACUACUUCAAUGGAUAGGCUGACCUUCUACAGUCCCAUGUAAUUGACUUUAGAACUUAAGUUGAUUUGUUAAACUGCACUUUAUAGUCCUAACAUUGGUUCCCCAUAUACUGUAUGAGACACUAUCUGGCUCCCUGAUAUUCAUGUUUUCCCAUGAGGUUCAUUUAUGAUUGGAUUUCACUACGGCUUCUUUCUUCUAGAUCUUGAGAAUGUAAGACGUGCACAGUGCUGUAAUUUGCUCCUUGCUUGAGCAUUUUGUAAGCAUCAUUCCCAAUGACAUUGAUGAGUUUCUUUUCCUGAUUGCAGUUCAGUAUAUAUGAAUUUUUCUUGUGUUGGGUCA